AAGGUCAAAGUUCCUGGUUGUUUCUAUAUAGUGCACACCAUUGUCCCAUGUACAUGUACGUACCUAUAGUCGACCCUGUGCCAUAGCGUAGCCAUGGCCGUGAAGAGGAGAGCUACGCGGCCCGUCAAGACCUCCUCUAGGGCAGGGAGAGGCACAGACUCAGGAGGAGGUAGAGUAGGACAGCAGAGUGGAGCGAUAGUGCUGUCAAUAGCCGUGCUAGUGUGUGCCUGCCACUGGUGGUACUUGUCAGCACUUCAUGAGAAUGACUUGUAUUUCUCCCAUCUCUCUACCCUCGAGCGUGAGCUCAGCUUUAGGACUGAAAUGGGACUGUAUUACUCGUACUACAAGACUGUGGUGAACGCCCACACACUCUCCUCAGGACUGGCAUCUCUGAUGAGAGACAAUAUCACAGAAUAUCCGUCCACCAUCAACACUCUAGGCAGGUUCAACCUAGCCCCGGAAGUGAUACUGGGAGUCAUGUUCCGAGGUGUGAGGUCCCUACUCUCUGUAACCAGUGUCAGUAGUGUGGAGUGCUUCACUAUAUCACGAGGACGUGGGCAGGCUCCAGUGGAGACAUGCAAUGGUAUUGGAGACCCUGUCUAUUUCUAUGUGCAGAGUGUGUUUGCUAUCAAUGGACUCCUACCUGCUAUUCUAUUCCUACUAGCAGUCACCAUGAGCGGCAGUGUGAUGAGUGGAUGUACGUGUCUACUCAUGUUCCUGUACAACCACACUGAAGCCACUCGUGUUAUGUGGACCCCUCCACUCAGAGAAAGCUUUGGUAUUCCACUCAUCUAUCUCCAGCUACUGGCACUGUCAAGGAACAUCAGAUGCCCCUCCCCCCUCAAUGCGGUGUUACUGGUGUUCUCAACAAUGGCCAGUCUUACUAGUUGGCAGUUCACUCCAUUAGCUCUAACUACACAAACUAUGUGUCUGUGUGCACUGUGGUCUCUGUCACUACUAACCUCUACUAGGCUACUGGUCAAUGUAGGGACUCUAGCAGUGUCUUUGCUGGUCAGUUGCCUACUACAGUUUGGGAAUACAGCGCUCCUUUCUUCCUUCCUUGCUGCCUCUUUAUUAGCAGCAAUGGUGACAGUGUGUGUUCGCUGGACCAUCACACGUCACAUGUCACGCCCACUCAUUCAGAUGCCCCGCCCACUCAUCAUGAGAGCCAUCCUAGAGCUAUUGCUAACAGUCGGACUAACACUGUCUAUUAAACUACUUCUCAGCAAAGUUCUCAAUAAUGCAGACAAUGCACACAUUGGCACACUGCUGCUCUCCAAACUAACCUCCUACAAAGAUUUCCACACUCAACUUUAUCUCUGCUCUAAAGAAUUUGACUAUCUCCCUUUGACCUUUGCACUCAACACCACCUUGACGCUGCUACUGCCGAUGGCCGUGGUAGUCAUGGCAACAGGUUUAUGGACCAUACUAAUAAAGAAACAAGCGAUGACCUUUGAACCUAUCGACACAGUAAAAGUGUACCACAUUCUCCAGUGCUUGUGGUUCGUUGUCAUGGCAAUGCUAAUAAUGCGGCUCAAGGUGUUCCUCACCCCUCAACUUGCACUUCUAUCAUCAUUGGUUGCCAGUAGCAACAACACGGUGAAGAGGCAGUGGGUGUGGCUGUUCUUAUUGUGUGCUUCCAUCUCUGGAGUGUACAAUGUGUACAAUGAAAUGAGUGUUGUGGGAGAGUUCAACAAUCCAUCCCAAGAAGAGCUUGUUACCUGGGUGAAUACAUCAACCAAUCAGAAUGCAGUGUUUGCCGGAGCUAUGCCUACCAUGGCAACCAUCAAGCUAGUAACGGGGCGUCCUAUAGUGAAUCAUCCCCACUAUGAGAAUGAAAGAUUGCGAGCGCGUACUAAGUUAGUGUACAGUGUGUACAGUCGUCAGCCCCCCUCUCUUGUGGCAGCCAGUUUACGCUCGCUGGCAGUUAGUCAUGUGAUAGUGGAGGGGGUGUGGUGUCACAAGGCGUACAAAGAUGGCUGCUCAUUCGGUGAGGUCUGGGACUCUGAGGACCCUAGCAACCGUCACCGUCCUCUGUUCUGUGAUCUGAUUGGUCAGGAGAUAGAUGGAUUUAAAACUGUUUUCAGGAACAAUGACUACACUGUAUUAGAGAUAGCUUGAGCAUUCAACAAUCAAUUUCUAUUUUUGUACAAACUUUUACAAAAUGUACAAAAUUUGUUCUGCAAAAAAAAUUAUAAUGUGGACAGAAAAUAAAA